UUCGGCAAUGUGGCUGCGUACGAAACAAAGGGACACACUUAGUGGGGGGGGGGGCGGGGGGGAAAACUACGAAGCGGUUGUACAGAAGAAGAAGAAGAAGAAGAAGAAGAAGAAGAAGAAGAAGAAGAAGAAGAAGAAGAAGAAGAAGAAGAAGAAGAAGAAGAAGAAGAAGAAGAAGAAGAAGAAGAAGAAGAAGAAGAAGAAGAAGAAGAAGAAGAAGAAGAAGAAGAAGAAGAAGAAGAAGAAGAAGAAGAAGAAGAAGAAGAAGAAGAAGAAGAAGAAGAAGAAGAAGAAGAAGAAGAAGAAGAAGAAGAAGAAGAAGAAAAGGAAGAAGAAGAAAAAAAGGAGCUAUUGUAACGGUGGAAGUGUUGU